AACUCAUUUUUGCGACUUGGGCCUACGCGGAAAAUGCUCCGGGGGGUCCCAAGUAUUUUCAGUAAAAAUUUGCGCGGGAAAUUCGCCGGAUUAAAAAAAACAUUUUGUACGACUUUUUCUGGCGGAAAUUUUGAGUGUUUUGAACUGGAGACGCCAAUCGACGCGGCGUCGCUUCCUGGUCACAAAAAAUGUAAUUUCGCUGGAAAAUUCGGCGGAAAAUGCGAGAAAAUUGCGAGAAACUGAAAUUGUGAGGGAGACAGUAUCAGUGACGUGCACUGUCUCAUUUUCUCCUACCCUGCCAAACACAAAAAAGAAGAAAAAGAAGAAUAUCUUAGGUUAGAAAUCCGUGUAAAUAUAUAUGUACAUAUAUAUUGUAAACUUGGCCAUAACAAAAACGGAAGAAAAGCCCCGUGAAAAAGUGACUAUUUUGACGAAUUGGACGCCUUUUUCCGUGAGAUCGCAGUGAAAAUCGCGCAUUUGGGUGCCAGUGUGUGUUUUGCCAUUGCAAGAGUGCCUCAAAAGGGGGUGAAAAGUGUGUUUAUUUUGCAGCAAAAAAAAGUGGAAAGCGCACAGAAGUGGACAGAGCGGAUUGACGCAUUUUCUCUUCGACUUCUUCACAGCUGAAAAAGUAGAUGAAGGCAACAUCUACAAAAUGUCACGAAAUAAAGAUAAAUAUGAAAACAAUAACCCAAGGAGGCAAACUGUAUUCCUCUCGUCUGAAGAUAUUGCAGCAGGACGAAAGACAAACUGGCAAGCGGUCGAGAUAACAGGCAAUGUCCGGAACUUGAGCCCAUCGCUGUGGCAAUUUGAGCAUCUCACAGCGCUCUAUCUCAACGACAACAACCUCCUCCGCUUGCCACCUGACAUUGGACUAUUGGUUAAUCUCAAGACGCUGGAUUUGUCCAGCAAUAAAUUGAGGAGUUUGCCCGCAGAACUUGGGGAUCUCAUUCAAUUGAGGUGAGUUCAAUCUCUCUCUUUUUUGCCUUUUCUCUAUGCUUGAUUCUAAUGAGAUUUUUUUGUUCUUGAAUUAAUUUUUUUCAGAGAACUUUUACUAAAUCAUAAUUUUUUGCGUGUUUUACCGUACGAAAUUGGAAAAUUAUUUCAUCUACAUGUUCUCGGGUUACACGGAAACCCACUGGGAAAGGAUAUUCUGUCCAUUUACAAUGAACCGAAUGGAACACAGAAGUUACUUACAUUCAUGUUGGACAAUCUAACAGGUAAGUCGCAAUUUUUUUUUUAUAUUUUCUUUUGAAGCUUUCAGAGCUUUGAAAAUUUGAAUUUUUUUAAAUGCCAAAAAUUUUCCCACAAAAAAUAUCCAAGACACUCUAGCGGAGAUUCAAAAGCCUAGAGUUUAUCUGUAUGUGCUGCUCUAGGCUAGAGCGUACAGAAUUUUUGCAAUUUCUCGCGUUUUUAACUGAAUUUUUGAUGGAAAAGUGUGUUUUACGCCUACAGAGAAUUACGUCGAAUUAAAUAAAAGAGGGGAAAUUGAUUUCUAGACAAAUUUUCGUGCCUGAAGAGAGUAAGAAAUUCUGGGCAGAAUAAAUUUUUUUUUGGAAAUGUGUUUUCAUUUUAUGAGAAAAUUUUUUUCUUUUAUUCGAAAGUAAUAAUUCUUUAUUAGAUGUUUUUUACUCUAAAAAAAAGUUCUGCUGGUCAACAAAAAAUGUUUUUUUUUGGUGAGAAAAAUAUUUAAUUUUGAUUACAGUCAGGUAUUGAUUAACGUCGCAUGGGAUAUACUCUUUCCACUCAUUAUUAUUAAUGGGUGAGAAGAGUAUAUCCCAUGCGACGUUAACCAAUACCUGACUAUGAUGUUUAUUUUGCUCCACAAUUUAAUCAUUAAAAUCCUUUUAAUUACUUAAGGGAGAAAAAAUUAAUUACAACUCACGAAUAAAAUUAAAAUGAUUUAAAUGGUUUUAAAUUGUCCACCUCUGAACAAAUAAUAAAAAUAAAAAUAAGUAAAAUCAUUCUCCUGGCUGAAAAGGUCAUUCAACAAAGGGGAAAUAUUAAUUCUCAAUGAGAAAAUAUUUGUUCUUUGUUGAUUUAUUUGCCGCAUUCUUAAUUUAUUGCUGCUGCAAUUGUUCGCAUUCCUUGCACAUCUCUCUUUUUUACAAAAAGUCUGAGAUUUUUCCAAUUCGAAUGUACAAUUCUCUGUGUCCACACAGCAUAGUUAUGUGCGUGAAUGAUCCACACUUUAUGCGUCCUUCGUGGGGGCAUUUUGUAAAUGGAAUUAGCCUCCAUUCAUCGCAUCUCUGGCAACCUUUUGUGAAGAAUGAAAUGAUCUCUCGCAUCGUUGUCUGUCUUCCUUGGACAAUUGACAUAUUUGCUGCAAUUUAGCAACAAGGAAUGUUGUUCUUUUAUCUUUUUUUUCUUCUUUUUCUCUUCAACUUGAAAUUAUUUUUAAUAUCUGUGCCAUGAUAUGAUUAAUUUGCAAAUAUUUUAUCUGACAACAAAAAUCCUUUCCAUGCAUUCUCACAAAGUUCUCUCAUCGUUGAGCGCGGUGGAAAAGAGGGCAGAUUGUAGGUUUUAUGAAGUAUUUUAGGCAUAAUAUUGUAUGCUUUUCAUUGAGCAUGAAAAACAAGGUAAAAGGAGGAGAGGCGGUUCAAAAAAAAAAAAGAUCUCUUAAAUGAAUCUGGUGGAUGGGAAGUAUUACAAGACAAUGGGUUUUUGGCGGAGAGGCGAAGAGAGACAAGGAAAGGUCACAAAUUAUAGACAAAAUGUUAAAUGAUACAAGAUAAGGCGAGACAGCGCGGAAAAUAUGUGCAAACUCCGUAUAAACAUUAAUGUUCUUGUUGUGGAGCUUUUUUUUUUAUUUUUGUGUCUGCCAUAAUCUCUCUCUCACAAAAUUUCUUCAUUGUCUUCUUUUGUUGGCGUUCUUUUGCAAAAAUAAACAGCAAGAAUGAAGAGAGAGAAGAGGAGAGUAUUAACCAAGGAAAGGUGAAGGGAAAUUAUAAUGACAUUAUUUGACUAAUUUGAGAUUGUAAUUGAAGAAGUGAAUGGAGGAUCAAAAUAGAGGGAACGUCGCGCGUUGCUCUCUUUAUGAAAAGGAAAAAGCCCUUAUUUAGGGUUUUCAAAACUCACGGUUAGAUCGUGUUUGACCCCAUUGAACUAUGUGUGUGGUAUCGUUUGCAUAAUUUACAACAUUAAGACAUUAAAUUCAUCGUUGUUGCUACAUCUUGGUUCAUUUUGAGAGUUUCUCCUUCAAUUCCAGAAGAAGGUUUUCAUUUAUAUGGCUAAUCGACUUUUUGUUUGCAAGAGCAAUGAAAUUCGUUGUAAAUGGGGAGUUUAUUGAUUUUUAUACCUUUGCUAAUGGGACGAUUUACUUCUCCAUUUAAUUAAACUGUAAACGAUUGUCAAGCUGUGUUUUCACGUGAAAAGACUGUAUUUAUAGGGAAGAGAUGGGUUAAAUGGCGCAUUUGAAAACAGAAAUUGAAAGAAACUUUACUUCAAGGCUCUGUCUCAAGUUUGAGAAAAUAUAGAUUAGGCUUAGAUCAUUUAUUCUUACAAUUCUGUUUAAAAAAAAAAACCUAAACUAACUUAGCCUAGUUUUAAGAGACUUAGGCCUAGCUUUAAAUACUGCAUUAUUACGUAAGAGAAUAAAUCCUGGUUUAAAAUAAACGAACAAAGCUUAAGGCUUACUGAAAAAAUAAACGAAGGUUUAAGAAAACUUUAAACCUAGCAUUAUAGGUUAAAUCUAGCAUGACUAUGCUUAAAAGUUUAGGUCUUGUAAGAAAAUAUUAAAGCCUGGUUUAAGAAAACUUAGGCCUAUGCACCAAACACUUAAAUCUAGGAAAAAACGCGUACGUCUAGGUUAAGCAACUAAGGCCUAGUAUAAACAAUUUAGGCCUAGUAAAAAAAAAAAAACUACAGCCUGAUUUAAGAUAACUUAAGCCUAGCAUUAAAAACUUAAAUCUAGCUUGCCUAGCAUAAAAAACUUAGGCUUAGUAAAUAAGAAUAAAGCCUAUUUUAAAAAUAAAAAUCUUUAAAAGCUUAAGCUUAAUUAAAAAACUAAAUCUUUUAAAUCUAGUUUGAUUAUCUAAAAAACUAAAGGCUUGUUUAAGAAAACUUAGGCCUGACUUAUGGAACUUAUGACGAAUUUUGACCAACAAAAAUGAAUAUAGACUCCUUAAAGCGUUUUAUCGUGUUAAGAAUUAUUAGAAGAAAAAAUUUCUGUUUAAUUUUGCAAAAAAUUUUUAUUAGUUCCGUAUUUUUAAUGGUUUCUUUCAAAACUAAAUUUUCAAAGAUUAAGAAUUUUGUUGAUUUCUUUCUGCGCCAUUUUACCACACCCCCUCCUAUAUUGCUAAUAAAGAUAGAGCCCCCUGGAAAAAAAAUUAAAAGAGCGCCACUUUAGAGUACCGGAAAUUGCAAACAAGAGAAACUUUUUCUUCUUUCUUUUCUCUCCCAUUGCAAAGAUAAAAAACAAAAAGAGGGGAAAAAGAACUUUUUGGUCACAUAAACUUUUAAAUUAAUGCAUCCGUACUGUGUGUCGCAAACAUCGCACAAGACUUUCUAAUUGAUUAUUUCCACCAAAUUGAAAGGUAAUCAAUAAAGAAAUCCCUCAAUCUUUCGCUUGUCGUAUUUUGUUUAAUUUGCAAUAAAAGUCUGGGGAAGAGAGGGAGAGAGAGAGGAGGAAAAUAUUAAUUAAUUCAGUGAAACUGUGCUGAAUCAAUUGAAGUUUUAUUCAAUUAGAUAAAACAAUGGGGGUUCUACUGAUUUUUUUCUUUCUCUCUAUUUAUUUAUUUUAUGUCUUUCAUGCAAUAAACAUGAUAAAUUCGUUGAUUUUUUUUUAUUAAAUGCAGCUAUAAUUGUUUUGUUUUUCGCAAAAAAACAUUGAUUGAGAUUCUUUGCAAGUGAAUUCAUGGUAUAUUCUCAUUAAAUGUAUAUUUUUUUCUUUCAUUUUCAAUUAAACUUUCAUUUUUAUUGAAGUAAAUUAAAUGCAUUAUUGAUGGUUUUUUUUUUGGAAUAUAUCUGUUUAAAAAAAAUACAGAUGAGAGAGAAAAAUCCUUUAACAUGCUGUGAAAGCUCUCAAAUGUGAGCUUUUGAGCUUUUCUGUAGGUGAUUUCAAUAUUAUUCAGCACAGUUACAGAUCUAAAUCCAAUUAAUUAUUUAAAAGAAAUAUAAAUAGAUUAUGAGAACUUUUCUGUAGGUCAGCAUAUUUUCUCACAAUCAAAUGAAAAUCCUUUCAGUUUAUAAUUUUCAGAGAAUUCUCCCUUCUCUUCCUCAUAAGCUUUGGGCAGAGAGAGAGAGAAAAAAUGAAGAAAUAGAGUGAGAAUGUUAACAAUUGGUCAUUCUCAUUUAUAGCUCUUUUGUGUUGUGGCCAAAGUACUGGUAGAAGAGGAGAUUUGGUCAAGGUGAUGUCGAUAUAAUGAUUCUUUGAUUUUUCAAUUGAAACAACACCACCAAGUUGAAUCACGAAGGAAUUGAAGGUGGGGGCAGGUUAGAUGGAUUGUAUGGGAAAGAGAAUGGGAUGAAGGAGUUUGUGUGUUGUUGGGUAUAUCAUGAAUGAGGAAAAUUCAAUUGAAAUUGAAUCGCAACGUAACCUACCAAAGCAACAACAGUGGCGGUGUGUUAAUUUAAUGAACCACAAACACCUCAAUCUGUUGAGUUUGAAUUUGUGUGUCACACCAUGUUUAAUUAUUCAUGCUUAACACACAGGUUGGGUGCUUUUAAGCUUGAUUCUCUUUCAGUUUUGGUUGCACAGCUUUACAUUUUUUUUUCUUGUUAGUUUGCACGGUGUGUGUGUGCAUAAAUCGACACCUAAUUUGAAUACAAUUAAUGAAAGUUUCCUCAAGCUCUGUGCGAAAUUUUUGUUUCCGAUCUCAAUGUGGGUGAUAUUGUUGAAAGAGAGCUAGUGCAAAAAGAGAGCCUCGCUGUAGAAAAAAAAAAUAAGAAAAAGAAAUGAGCGAAAGGAACCCAGAAAAAUGUGUGUGAGAGAAAGAAAAAAAAACGAGUAAAUGAUAUGCGUUGAAAUUGAUUUAAUUUCUCGUAUGACACAGAAAUUAAUUUUGGGCAGAUGAUUGAGAAAACACCCACUUAAAGGCCAAAGAAAAUCGCUACCAUGUCUUUUUGGUCAUUUCUUUUAAAAUACAAAUUUUGCUUUUUGUUUUUUUUUUUAUACCUCAACAUCUUUUAACAGCUUUGUUGUUAUUUGGAUAUAUUGGAGAAAGAGAGAAAAGAAAGAAAGUCAUUUUGUACAAAAUGUGUGUAUGAAAUUCCGGCUUCUUUCUUAAUUACUCAAUAUUUUUCACUUUACAACCAUUCACUCCCCCUUCUUCGUACCUUGCGGCUUUAUUCAAUUUUCUUGUGUUAUUCAAAUUAAAUGCGUGUCUUAUAUGUGUGUAAAUGAAAAGAUAAACAGCUUGAGAUAAUUUGCUAAAAUUAUAGUAAUUUCUCUUAUAGAGAACACACAGACUUCUUUUAAUUGCACGAGAUUAUUGUUGGUUUAUUUCUCCUUCCUCAACUAGUCUACACAUCUUUUAUUUAUUUUUUCUUCAUCUUCCCAUUCGUUGAUUGAACAUGGAAAAUGAAUGCGUAUAUGUAGUACGUCACGUUGUGUUUAAAGCGUCGUGUUAAAAUGUCAAAUGAAACGCAUGUUUAUGUCAAUGCAAGAGCUGUCAAAGUUUAAUUGACUUUUAAUGAUAUUUUUUUAAAGAAAAAAAAAAGUUUUAUAAUAGUACAACUAGAAAAAAAAUAUGAUCUGAUUUUUAAACUUUCUGACAGAUCUGUCAAAAAUGACAGGAGUUGUCAAAAUAGUACUGUCAUAUUUGACAUGAUAUUUAAAAUAUUUGGAUAUAUUAAUAGUUGAUAAAGUCUUUAAAAAACCACUAAAAAUGCAGUUGUUACUCUUUGUAUAGCAGUGCAAUGUGUCAGGUACGUCAAAAAUGACAUAAAUUAACCGCCAAAUCAAUUGCUGCCAAUUUGGUAAUGUCAAAAUAUUAUUUGCUUUGAAAUAAGCUUUUUUUUCUUGAAAAAUUAUUCUAUUUCCUUAGAUUUUUUUUUAAAUCAAAAGUUUCCUGUUAUAAAUAGUCCUGUCAUAGUUCUUACAUUCUAAGGCAUUAAAUAAAUAAAUAAAUUACCUCAUUUAUCUGUCAUUUGCCAUAUUCUGUCCAAUGACUGAUGUCAAAUUGUUUGUUUUGCUUUAAAAUAGAUUUUUUUUAUUUGGAUUCUAACAUCCUUUAAUGAUAAUACUGUUUUGACAGAUCUGUCAGAAAUGACAUAAGUCAACUGUCAAUUGAUAAACCGUCAAAUUACUGAUGUCAAUUUUUUUUUUCAAUUAUUCAUUUUGAAUUCUUCUAUUGCUAUUGCCUAUUACUUUUAAUAUCGUUUUUAAAAUUGAAAUUCUCUCCUCUAGAAUAUUUAAAAUAAAUAACUUAAUUCUGGGAGAAAUGAAAAUUCUUAAUUUUUUUUUGAUGAGAAUAGAAAUGUAGAAAUGUAGUCUAGCGGUCAUAUUAGCUCGUGCAUAUUUAUUGCGUGAAGGCUAACAUAUUGCUUUUCAAAAAAAAAAGAAGAAAUAUAACGUAUGGUCUUACACAUAUGUAUGUAGAUGCAUCACUUAUAUACCUACAAUUUGGUUGUCUUGGGGGGCAAAGAAAUAAGAAAAGAGGUGUUGAUGAGAUGUAAAAAGAAAGAGUUGUGUAGAAAUUAAAGGGGAAAAAUAAUCACGCAAACCACAAAAUACGUUAAAAUUAUGCGAUGGGAGGUAUUAGUUCGUUGAUGUUUGGAGGUACAUCGCCAAUGGUCUGUCGUUCGUGCCGUCGAUGGAUGCGGCAGAUGGGUGAAAGAAGAAAUUGAGAAAGUGAUGCUUUUGAGUUAUACUUUUUUUUUUUUACUUUAAUCUUCACUUACCCAUCUGCUUCAUUAAAUAAACGUCGUGGUGUAUUUUUUUUUCUUCUUAUCUUUUUCUCUGUGCCUUUAGCUCACAAUAAGGCAUCUCUCACACCUCUAAUUUUCACCCAAAAGAUCAACAAUGUCCGUGCGGUGCAUACGAAUGAAACGGAUGACCCAAUUUUUACCCUCAAAAGUGAGACUCCUCGCAAGCAAUUUAUUUUCUUCAAGACAGAGCAAAGGAAAGAUGAAAAAAAAAACUGUCUGCAAAACAGAGAAAUAUGCACGAAUUUUAUUGUUUCUUCCAAAAAAUUGGCACAUAAAAAUACAUAGAGGAGUAAUUUUUCAAAAUAUGAGGUGAAGACAGCAAAAAGUCACCCAAAUGAGGUGAUAUUUUAAAAUUUAUACAAAAGAUGAGUCAAGAUUACAAAGUUCGCAAGAUGACAAAGUCCGGAGGCUUUAGUGGAAUAAAUAUUUUGACAAAAAAAAAAAGAAAUCUCUCAAAUAAUUUAAUUUUGCUUAAAGAAGAUUAAGAAGAAAAAACGCAGGAUCUGGGUGAAAGAGUCUCGUUAAAGAAGAAACGAUAAAAAAAAAUUGAAGAAGCCAAGAAGAAAGUCACGAAGAUUAAAGGCAAAAAUUUCUCUUUCUCCCAAUUUCACCGUAAUUUAAUUUAAUAUCCAAUUUGCAUGAUCAAUUAGUGAGGUGUUGAUGCUACAUCACACCACACAACACACGAUAGAAGCGCCGCGUAUACAUACAAAAUAAUCAAGCAAUUAUAAACCCUAUGAUCAUUCGUUUUUAUCUCAAUUAACAAUUGUGCAAGAUAGAGGAGAAUGAUUGCAUGUUCGGCGAAUGGAGCAUAAUCUUAUAAAGCAUUAUAAGAUAUUUUGUGAUCAAUAUUAAUCUUGUGAUUUAUAAAAGUCAAUACAAAAUGGAAUGUUGGCAAUGCUGGAAGUAAUAUUUUGCUCUGAAGGAGCUCCUAAUCGUGUCCAUAAGAUUAAAUUACUCAUGCUUAAUCGUCACAAAUAUGACUUUGCACAAUAUGCCCAUGCAUGAUGGAGGUAGAAAAAAAAUGAAUGAUCACUGCACGGAACACAUUCGAUAUGUGUGUAGGUUAACCUUGAGAUCGCACUUCUCUUAAGAGAUCAUCUCUCUGUGAAAUUGAUUGAAGAAGAAUGAGGAAAUUGGGAGAGGGAGAAUGUGGGUCUGGAGAUAUUAGUGGGUCAUUCAUGAAAUGCUGUGGGUUUUUAUUUCUUCUCUAAUAGGUACUUAGUUUUGCACCAAAAGACAAUCAAAUUUUGCAGUACGAAUGACUUUCUUUUCGAUUUAUUGUAAGACAAUGAAAAAGGAUAAAAAGGUUUGUAGGAAAAAAAUAAAUAAAAUACUUUCCAGAGUGGGAUUUGAACUUACAAUAAAUAUCUUGAGACAUUGAGUGCUUGCAUAUUGAUCUAAAUUUUUGUAUGGAACAAAGUAGAGCAAUGUUUGAAAUGAGGUACAUUUUUUGCAAUAUUAAGAUAAUUUAUUUGUUUUAGAACUUAUUAAUGUUGAAAAUUAAUUUGAAUAAAAAUAUUUAAUAGUUCUAUUAGGUAUCUAUUUUGUUUUAUUUAACUUUGAAUUUAUCAAUCAAGAGGGCUCUAACUUGCAGAUUGUUUUUCUUAUUAAAUUUUAUUUCAUUUUUUUUUCUAAAUAAAAAUUCUAUUCAAAAUAAACGAUUUUCUCACAGAAUCUUAUCCUAUUUUCCUAUCAAAACUAACCUAAAAAUCACACAAAAUUCAUUAAAUCUCAAAUGAGAGAAAGACACACAGAAAGCAAAAUGAUUAAUAUUCCCUAAUUUGUAUGUUAGUAAAUUUAUUCCCAUCAUGCGCUUCCAAUGUUAAAGUUUAAUCUUUUUUAUGGUAAAUUUUGCACUGUGGUGAUCACACUUUUACGAUUAUUUUAUUGGAGUUAAGAAAGACGGGGGUUUUUGGGAGAAGAAAUGCGAUGUGUGAUCAUGGUACUGCGGUUGACAUACAUUUUACACAACAUAUAUAGAGAAAAUUUUCACUUUUGCAUAUCGUCGUGAUCAUCAAUUCAGUUUGUGGUUGAGGAGAUCACAUCGCACAAAGUAGUACACACACUUUUGAUGAUGGAAGGAUGAUCAUGUUGUGUGGUAAAAGAAAGAGAGAGAUAAAAUGUACCAGUGAAAGAGAGGCGAGAGAGCAUUGAAUGGAGGGUAUGUUAAAUUGCCAUCAUAACCAUUUAUGUCAAUAAUUUCUCUUUCAUACUAAUCAAUAUCAUCAUGUGGAUGGUUAAUUGUCAUCAUGAGUGAAGAGUGUGAUUUUUAAUUGACAUGCUUGAUUGAAGUAUUUCCUGUCUAUUGUGAGUUUUUUGCUGCUUCUACACCUAAACUAUAUAUAGCAUACUAUGUGUAUAUCUAUGUAAUUCACUCAUUUGUGGUGCAGAAAAAAACUUGUGGAGGAAUGAUGAAAGAGAUCGAUGAAACCUCAAUGGUUGAUCACUAAUUUAAGAAGAAGAAAAAAAAAAGAGAAACAUUGAUUGGGUAAAUAAAGUGAUCGCGCAGCAAUGAUCACCAAAGCUUCUAUUUGUUCUCUCUCAUUCUGACCAAUGUGGAAAGAACAAUUGACUCUGUAACCGAGUGCCAUACUUCUUGCAUUCCUUGUUACUUUCCGUUUAUAUCUUUUUCUUGGCUUUUUUUUCGGGAUGAUGCUGGGAGGAAAAUGUGUACAAAGAAAUGUCGUUUAGUUGCUCCCCAUCAGCAAACAAAAACCACGCCAUUCACUCGAUCGCUGAUCCCUCACUGGAGUGAUCUUGUAAAUUGUUUUUGAAUUUUAAAUAAGUGGAGUCUCUCCCUCAAUAUAUAUAGUACAUAUAUAUAUUGUCAAUUUAUAUAUAAUAGCAAAUACACAUAAGAUCUAAACAUGAUCUUUAAGGUGAUCUUCAUCGCAAUGUUGCUGUAUGUACCUACCUACCUAUGUAUGUACAUAAAAUGUAAAAGAAAAUUCCCCAUUUGGGAGGGAAUUUUCUGUGCACGAGUUAGAUAAAAAAAAAAUUAUACAUAUCUAGACAGUGGAAAAAAAAGCUUUAGAGAAACAAACUCGCAUGGUUGAUGCAAAGUAAAGUAAGAAAAAAACCUCCAUCAACAUUUAGGUGAAGAAAGAGGUGUUGUAUGUAUGUUGAAUGUGUGAAUAUAUGUAUGUAAUUUAGUGUUGUUGUGUGUAGUGUAUGUUGGAAAAUCAGAAGAGGCACGAUCACUGAUUCCACCAGACGACCAGACCAGUUGCCCGCCGGCUUUCAUUCAUGUCGGAUCGUGCGCUCAUUGAGAAGGCUGAUUUUUGCGCAAGUUGUUCAAGAAGAGGAUUUAUUGUGAAUUUAGUUGAGAAAACGAAGAGACAGAGGAGAAUAAACUAGAUCGCCCUGAUCACAGUGUGUAUGACGGAAAAUCAAGUUCUAUAUUGAUCAUAAGUGAAGAUCACUGCAAGAUCACGAAAAUUUACUGGGAUAGGGCAGUUUUAUUUGUCUCAAACAAGACAUUACAAAUCAUUCACAAAAGUUUUGAAAAUAUUCUCUGUUUUGUGACUUUGUACGUGAUAUCUCUCCCUUACGAAAUAUCCACUGAUCAACGGAGAAAAAAAAACACACCAAGAAAUAUUCAAAAGGAGAGUGUUGAAUUUAUAAUUGAUCUACAGUGUUGUUCACCUUGCACCACUACCUGUUGGGUCGUUUUUCUCUCAACAAUUUCGUAUUGCUACAUUGGAAAAAUAUACAUAUAAUACGCAUUGGACAAUCCCCAAGACCAUAAGAUCACGAUAGACAUUUUUUUUCUUAUUCGUUAAAUGGGAAAACAUAAAGUUGUGUAGAGCAACCAUUUGGAUUAACAAGAGAUUGCUGCUGCUGGCAAAGAGACAUAAAUUAGUUUUCUUUUUGGUAAAAGUACCUCAAUUUUUCCACCUGCAAUCAAUUGUUUUGCGGGACAACACAAUAAAUGAAAAAAAAAUAUUUUGUGAAAACUAAAAAUAGUUGUGUGCAAAUUAACAAGAGAAUUCUCUCUUUGCUUGACCAAGUUUCCAUGCUGAUUUUAAUGGGGAGUGUGUUGCUGCGCGUUGAACUGAAUGAAACUUGCAACAGUGAGCUUUUGCAAUCGCAUCAACACCUUAAUGUGACAAUUAUUAACUUAAAAAAAUAAAAAAUUCAACAAGAAGUAAAAGCUCAUGAGUGCUGACAAUUAAAACACAGUGUGGUGCUACUUUACAACAAAAAUUAAUUAAAAUAAAAAAAGGAAAAAUUGUGAAGAGACAGAAAUUGUGUUGAUUCAAUGCAAUUUAUUGGAUUGAAUUAAAUAAGAAAUACUCUCAUAUGCAAGAAAAAUGGAUACAAGUGAUAUAAGCAAGGUGUAAUGGUUUAGUUUUCUUCAUCUUAUAAAACUCAUCUCAUUCUUCUCACAUAUGGAGGAAUUAAGAGAGUAAUGCACAUUUUGUUGUUGUUGUUGUUAAACCAAUAAAAGAGUUGUGUUGGAUUUAUUAUAUAAAAAGAAAAAUCUUCACAUCAAAGGUGAAAAAAGAAGUGUUGAGUGGUGGAAGUUAUAAAUGCAGCAUUAGUCGAAUUUGCAUUGGAUGUGUUUAAAAGACAGUGCUGUUGAGAAGAAAAAUUGAAAAAAAAAAUAAAGGAGAGCAAGAAGAAGUCUAACAGAUUAGAGAGAAAACAAUUUGUGAUGAUACCUUCAUUUUAUUAUUACCUGUGUGUUCGUCUAUAAUGUGCAUAGAUGGGCUUAUGAUUGAGCCGCUAAAGGGAACAAGAAAGUAAAGAGAGCACAAAGAAAUACAAAAACCAAGUUGAAAAAAGAAAAGAGAAAAAGAAGAUAAAUAUAAUUGAAUGUUUGUGUGAAAUGCAAUAUAUCACGGAAUGAUGUUAAAGUGUUAUUAGAGCACCGUUCGUCACUUGGUUGGACUUCUUUUUCUUCUUCUGCUGUUGUAACCCUCAUCUUGUCGCUCAAUGUGGCACUGUCUCAAUGUGGGUGGAGUGAAUUAUAGGUGAACUACAACGAGUAUUAGUGUGUGCUAAAGAAUAAGCCACUCUUUGGUGAUAUUAAAGAGUGUGGAAAGGAAGAUUGAUGGGUGGGAGAUAAUAAACAAAUGGUUGGCGCCAAUGAUGAGCACAUUACCAUCAUGUAUGGAUCGAUAUAUGAAUCGAUACAUGGUACCGGCGACACAGACGCACCAUCAUGUGCCGAAUCAUCAGGCAACACCGCCACAACCACCUGUUGGACAACCCUACUUUCAUCAGACAGCAACGGUUGCCAAUGGGGCGGCAGGUGUUGCAGCAUCCACGACCAUUGUACCGCCACCGAAUCAGGCAAACAACACCGGUGGUGGUACUUUUAUGAUGAAUUGCUACCAAAAUGCCAAUGGAUGGACGGGUGUUCCGCUAAUUAGUACAGCAAGUCGUCGUCCAAGAAAGCAGCAGCAGCCGCAUCAUCAAAUGCCACCGUCGUCUAACAAACCACCACCACCCACGCAACAAACAACCAACAACAAUGCCCAAAAUGUAGACUUUGACGAGACAGCAAUGUCCCGACUGGCCAUUCAUGCACACGGUGCACCAUUAAUUCUUGCAAAUCGCGGCUACCGCAAACCCCCUCUUGUGCGCCAUCCCCAACCACCCUCCGCUGUUGUGAUGCAAAAAGUCCCACAGCAGUGUUUUGUAGCGACACAACGACUGGAUGAUUUUGGUGGGAAUAUUUACGAAAAUGGGAAUCGUCAGCUGCUGCAACCAGCAACAACGCCUCAUGAUACAUUUUCAAUGGUGAAUAGCGAUGAAAGUAGUUCAACAUCAUCCUCUAAUAGUCAUACACCUGACACGUGUCUACCGCGAAUUAUAAAGCCACGGAAGAGGCGCAAGAAAGAGCGGAAACCGAAUGCAUGUCAAAAUCCAAAUGUCCCAUUGCAUGGGGCAGGUAAAAAUAAUUGCCCCAAUGCCAACAAUGGUGUAUCAUUGAUGAAAUCUCUACCAUUGGUCACGAGUACGGCAACACAGACAACCACCAUUCACGAAAUGGUUGAGAAGAAUUCAACCAAUGUGAUGAGUAUGAUGUCUGCACAAGAUGAACCACAAUUUGCCGGUGAUGCUGCAGAAGGGACAGGAGGUGGUGGUGGUGAUGAGGUGAUUGAGGAAAUGAGUUCGUGCAGCUGUCGCCUAUGUGAUCCCUUCUGCCGUAUCUGGGCUUUUCCACUAAGGAGAUCGUGCUCAGACAAUUCGGGUGAAGUUGAGGCUACCCGGCGCAAUGUUGGCGUCAUUGGGAGUCACAUUAAAUCAUCAUCGGCACGAAAUGAAUGGCGAAGUACACCGCAACUAUGUAAUCAGCAGCAGCAACAGCAGCAAGUCUAUGGGCAUACAAUUGAUGGAUCUCGUAAGGGUAGUUUAAGUGAUUCAGGAGAUUCCGGAUGUGAUCUCCUCAGUGGUUUGCAUUUUGCCACGGAUGAUCUUCUCAAUAUUGUCGAUUGUGGGGCAAAUGGUGCAAAAGCAACACCACCACCGUCCAAUAGUGACAACAGUGUCUGUGAUUUUCUCCUGACGGACAAUUGCUGGGAGAUACUCUCGCGACGUGUUAUGGAAUCACUGGAUUUACGCAGUGAUGACGAUGAACAACCAUGCAGCCCAAUGGGAGGAGGAAUAGCGCCAUCAGCAGCAGCAAAAGUUCCCGCAAUUAGUGAUUGUGUUUCAUCGGAUAGUGGAAGUGUUUUCUCCGAUAGUGUUUUCAGUGAUGGCAUACCCGAAUGCUACACAACACCGUCGACAAAUUACCAACACAACGACACGCAGGAUCUCCAUCUUGGGGUACAAAUUGCAAAUCUCCUGCUUGAUCAACCACAACUACCAGUAUUUAGUGAUUGCUUCAUGGCACAGCAAUUUAUUGGGGGUGCAAAUUCACCACAGAGGUCAAAGGCCCCAGGGGUCAAUAUGUUCGGCACACCGCUCUAUCUUCAAGAGAAAGAUCGUGGCAAUGAGAUACUCAGCUGCAUCGAUAUGGUAUGGAAUGGAACACUCCAACUAAUGCCUGUUGAAGAGUAAAAAAUAAAUAAUGUAAGAGUUUUUAUUAAGAAAUAUUUAUUCUCUUCUAACAAGGGCUCGUUACUUUUUGUCCAGAACGGAUUGGGCUCAUUUUUUCGGGAUAAUUUCUUCAAAAGAUAAGAUGAACUUUUGCUUAAUAUUAAAACCGCCGCCCGUUGCAUUAGAAAUGUGUUAAAAUAAUAUUUAACUUACACAGUAAAAAAAAAAAUUAAUAAAUUUUCUAUUAAAUUCACGGUCAAUGUACUUUGACGGGAAAAUUUGUGAUUUUUUUUAAACGUAAAACUGGAGAAUUUCCUAAAAGUUUAAUUAAAUUGAAAACUAUUUUUUUUAGUUUUAUAAUUUUUACAUCAAAAUUUUGUGAAAUAAAAAAAAUUUUAGGGAUAGAUUCUGAUAAAAAUAUUUUCCUUUCUUUUCUUACAAUUCGUUAGUUAUAAGAUCUUUGUUGUUCUGAGAAAAAUCUUAUAAGAUUUUGACAGUUUGUUUCUGUCUUUAAUUGUGUUUUCGAAGGAAAAUUACUUUUCUAGGGCUCUUUAAAGGGCUUUCUGUCAGUUCUUCUGAAAAAAAAAAAACAAUUCUUUGUUUUUCUUUUAUAGAACGACAACAGAAUGAUUUAAAAACACCAUCUGUCAAAAUCUUACAACAACUUUUAAGUUGCUAGAAAAGAAUAAAAAAGAUUUUUAUUUGAAUCGACGCUUUAGACUUUUUGAAGACAAUUUUACUAUAAAUUGACUAAAAUAAUUAGUUUUCACCGUAAAAGGUACGAAAUUUGGUUGGCAGUCAGAAUGUAGUUGCGAUUGAGAGAUGGCAAAAUGUGUCUUUGCUCUAGCUAUUUUUAGGAAAAGCAUAAUAUUAUGCUGAUUACCAACAAUAUAAUAAAUGUCAAUUUUUUUAAUAAGAAAUUCAGUUAAAAAUUUUAGUAAAAAUGUACAGAAAACUCAUAUAUAGAGAUUAACUAAAAUGUUUUUUAAAAACUAAAAAUAGUAAGGUAGUAAAAGAAAGGAAACUAAGACAUUUAUGGAAUCACCGUAGAAUGCCCAAACCGUAAAUUUUACGGGAAUUAUUUUUAGUGUGUAGCGUCAGUUGUAAUAAAUAUUAUUUUAAUACAUUUCAUAGUAAAACAGCGAUGCUUAAAAUUUACUAAAAGUUUAUUUCAUAUUCUAAAGAAAUUAUCUUAAAAGGAUGAACCCCAUACGAUCGGGGCAAAAUGCAAUGAGCCCUUGUAAGAUAUUUUGCAUAUAGAGCAAAACGUCCCAUAAAUAAAGCUAAAUAGCUGAGAGGAAGAAGAAGAAUAAAGAAAAAGAAAAAUGUAAAUUAAAUUUGAUGCAUAAAGUUGUAUCUAUUCUGAAAUUUUGUAACAAUGUUGUAUGUAAUGUAUUAUUGAAAUAAUUUGUAUAAAAUUUAGCAUGUCUCCUUCAUACAUUUUUAUUUAGUAUGAAUUUUAUAGCACCCGAGACAUAUAUUAUGUAUUUUUUUUUUUUUUUGUAAAACUCUAAUAAUCAUCUAAGCGAAUAAUAAAGCAAGUUGUUAGUGAGUGAUCUAUAAAACGAGAAGAAUGUGAGAAAAAAAUUAUCUUUAGCUAAGUGAAUUAAUAAGUUAGCAAGUUUUUAAUGUGAAGUGGAGAAAAAAAUUCCAACUAUAUAUUUUUACUGUAUUUAAUUCCACAUGAAACACGCGCUGGAAAAAUUAAUUUUUGCACUUAAAGUGCUAUUUUUUUUAACGUUGUAACGCACUCUUAAGUAAUUUCUCUAUGCGUUGAAUGUUUUUUUUGCAUUAUUAUUAUUAUCUAUUUCUCUUCUUAAACUAUAUACAUACAUUUUACCAUAUUUGUAAAUGAGAAAAAAAGGUACGGGAAGCUGGAGAUUUUAUACAUUACAUACAUAUAUAGAUAGGUACGUUAUAUUCUGUAAAAUGCACGCCAGAGAAAAAGAAGGAAAUCUAUUUUAGAUUGAAAGUCAAUUUAAUGGAAUCAUGACGUGCAGCGACACAAACAACCAUAUCCGCCAGAGCUUUCUCUUUUGAGUGCUUUUUUUUGUUUGUUUGUUGCUGUUGUUUCAGUACAAAAACCACAAAAAAAAACUUCUUACUAUAUUAUUAUGUACAUAUAUGUAUGAUGGUGGUUUUUGUACAUAAAAACGAAUGAAAGACACUUUUCAUAUACAAUUUUACACACAUAGUGAAAGUAAACCGACACGAAUUAGACUUUUAAUGUACAAACCAGGCAAUGCAAGAUGAGUUGUUUCUCUUGCAAUUUGCUUAUGGUUUCUUUGGGGCUUCUCAAUGGUGAUCGGAUAUAUAGUAUUAGAAGGUUAUACGAAGCAUUACACGAUUUUCAUGCAAUUGGAAAUUUGGGGAGAAGACAAAUGCGAAAUAUAUUCCUCACGAUUCUCAAUAAUAUUUUUUAGGGGAAAAAUUUGAGGAAUUUUAGUGAAAGGUUUACGGAUAUUGGGUUAGCUUAAAGGGGAUUAUAGUGUCUGGGCUCUUUUUUGACACAGAAAUUCGAACAAAUCAGAUGCCAUUCCCGGCUUCAUUAGCCUAAUUUUAAAGGCUUUAAUGACUUAAAUAUUCAUUCUUAACUUAAAUUCUAUGCGAACAGGAGAAAUUAGCAUGAGAGAUUUAUUGGUUGGUUAGAAUCAUAAAUUAAUGAAAAGAAACGUUUUGAGAACAAUUUUUAUCAGUGUUGUUGAAAUGUUAAUCUGCUCAAAAGUUGGAUUUAUAAUGGAGAAACUUUGGAAAUAAAUGCUAUUUUUGUUCAGCACAGAAGUAAGAAUCAGUAUGCUUCAAAAAUCUACUAAUUUUUUUUUAAAGAAAAAGAAAAUAUAUUUUCUGGAAAGCUUUUCUUUACCUAUGUAUACUGAUAACAAAAAUUUUCCGGGUGAGAAAAGCGUGUGAAUCUUUUUACGUUAAGUCUUUUUACGAAGGUUCACUGAGCAGGAGAAACCAGACUUAAGGAUAUUUAAAUAAAUAAGAAAUAUAUGAAAAUGAUUUUUAUUAUUAUAUAUAAAAAGUUAACCUGCCCAGAAGUGAUUUCUUGGGGGAUGAAAUUUGGAAUUAAAGAACUUUAUAUUACUCAGGAAUGAAUAUUAAACAUUCGAUCAGUUUCUGACAUUAAAAAAAAGCUUUUUUAAUGAAAAAAAAUAAAAAGAGAAUUUCCGAUAGCUUUUCAUUGGACAAAGUAAAUAAAUAAUUUCCCAAUAUAGUUGAGACUAAAUUAUAUUUAUUUGUGGCUAUCAAUGAAACUUUAAUUAUUAUUGAAUUACUAUCUAAUCAAUUCGCAUUAAAAUGGAUACAUAAUACAUUAAAUUUAUUUGAACCGCGUGGUAGUGCCAAAAGCAAUGUGAAUGCAUUGUUAUUUCAAGUGAAUGAAUUGUAUAUGACAUAAAAUGGCAGGAAAUUUGCAUAUUUCACUUGUAUGUGGUGAUGAGGAAUAAGCAUACAAGUGGGAAGUCAAUAAACUCAGCAUGAAUUGUUAUGUGAUUUACCUACAUCAUAUUAUUUAAAUUAAAGUGGUUUUUUUUUAUAUAUAAUAAACAUUCGUGGACACUGGAAAGCAAAAAAAAAAGAGUGAAAGAGAUGUUUUGGAAGUUAUAAAAUGCAAAAAGUACUUGACACACCACACGGCAAAAAUAAAAAGAAGAACGUCACAAUAGGAAGAAAGUUAAUAAGAAAAUAGUCUCGUUUUUUUUUUGGGAGUAAUAGUGGAAUAAAAAUGAAAAAUUUCUAUUUAAUUUACCCAUUGCUACAUAUAUAAAUUACAAGAAAAUAAAGUCAAAAGAGUCACGUUCGUGUGGGGUGAAUAUAAUUUCACUUUAGAAAUGUGAAAGUUUUCUUUCUGCUGCGAUACUAUUUUUCUUGCAAUCUCUCUCUCUUAAAGCGAUUAGUUAUAAAAUCCAUUGAAGGUGUUUUUCAAUUGAAUCAAGAUUGCAAGUAGUGCAAGAGACGCAAAACAUGGUAAUACCAAUUAAAUCACAUUCAGUGAGAGUUUUUUUUUCUCUUCUUCUUCAUAAGGGAUUGAUGGUUAAUUUAACUUUUGUGAAAGAGAAGGUAAAAAAGGGUUUUGUGGGGAAAAUUUCUUGAUUUAUUGAGAGGGAAAGUUUCAUAAAUCGAAUGAUUCUUUCUGGGGGAAACAGAAAGAAUGAUUUUUUUUUUCAAAAACAUAAGAUUUUUCCCAAUAAUACAAAAGCUCUCCAAGAAGCUUUUUAUCCGUUAAAAUUAAGAGAGAAAAAAUGCAGCAAUCCUAAUUAUAAUUUCACCUGUUGCGUAAACUUUCGCUCAAGCCACUUUGUCUAUUAAGAAGCCAACGAAUAAUUUCCCUUUCAUCAAUACCAUAUUGAAUAAUGCAUUGGAGAAGAAAUGCAAUGUAAUUUACUUUUUUAAUUAUCAUUAUUAGCAAUUGAUUGAAUUUUCAUACAAAAAUAUCUUUAUUCUCUCUUUCAAUAUUUUUUUUUUACAUCAUCAUCCUGUGCUGAAUUUUUCUUCCCAGUUUCUCCUACAAAGUAAUUUUCUAAACAUAUUAUUCCAUCAAUAAUUAUAUGUAAUCGUGAUGGGGGGGAGGGUUACAAUAGUUAAUUGAUAUCUACCUCGCACAGUCUUGCAAAUGCGUACAUCAUUGCAUUGAAAAAUGUUUUAUUAUUUAUUUUGUUGGCUUUUUCUUCAAAAUAGUGCUAAAGACGUAUAAAAAUAAUUUAAAAAAAAAUGCGUGUUUGAAGUACAAUUUAUAUAAAAAUAUAUAUGUAUAUUCCUCAAUGUACAUUCAUCAAUCAUGCUCUAAAGAGUGUAUCACUCUGUUUCUCACAUUCCCAUGCUCAUUUUUUUCACAUGGGAUUGUGCAAAAAUUUAUGUCGUUCCACGAAAUAUGAAUGAAAUUGCAUAAGAUUUUUUAUUCGGGGGGUAAAUUGACGUGAAUUUUUUUUCAAUUAAGCCCAAAUUUGAGACACAAAAAAUUAGCUCAGAUUCAUUAGGAGUUUGUUGCUAUUAAAUUCUAAUUAAUUUGUUCGUCAAACGUCGUGCGUCUUGAGGAGCAAUGAGAAUGCUCAGAAAAUCACUUGAAAUGCUUCUUAAAUUUAAUGAGAACAGUUACUAACUGUGUGGCUUGUGGAUUUUGUAACGCCACCAAAUAGUUUUUUUUUUGUGCAGCAGUGAAGAAAUACUACCUGUAUAUAAAGUAAUCGAUAAAAAAAUAUUAACGACCGUGAAAUAAUUUUCUUGAGCAAAUUUUUUUUCAUCUUUUGAUCUCCUAAUUUGUUCUCAAUCUCCCACAUAAAGCCAUUUAUUUCACACUCUUUCACUGAAAAUUGGUAGCUCAAUUUGGUAUUGAAAGUUUUUUUUUCGUGAAUGUGGCGUUUCAGGUAUUUCAGGGACGUCUAAGAAAAUAAUUUGCGUUUUUUUUUCCUUCUUGCGUGAAAUCUCAUAUCAAAGUUAUUAACUUUUUUUUAUCAUAUCACAUAAGACAGAAAGAAGGGAAAAAUCUGUGAGUGUAAAAGAAACUUUCAACAAGGUCAAUAUCCUAAUUUCUUAAAGGAGAGGAUUGUGAUUAAAAGAAAAGGCAAAGAAAUAUUAAUAAUUUUUCGUUGAAAAAAAAACAACCAAAAAGAUAUUUCGAAAUCGUAAUGAAGAUGAAUUGGAGAGAAUUGAAAAUGAGAAAGAAUAAAAAGUCUCUGGGCGAAGAUUCAAUUAAAUUGUUGAUAGAAUGCGGCAGAGAUUGGCUGAUGGAUUAUUCUGGUGUUAAAAUUAAUGAAUGAAUUUUUAUGACUAAUUGAAGCGUUGAAAAAAAUUUAUACUAUGUGUGGGUCUUCAUGAAAAAUUACCUUUAUGAUGAAGAAGUAAGAAAUUUUUGUUAUAUUCAAUUUAUGAAUUUAUAAGAAAAUUUCUUGCUGUGUCAUCAGAUAAAUAUGAUUUUGAGAACUUUCCAUGAAAUUUGAGGCGUUAAAAUCUCCCCAUCUCGUAGAGCUUCUCUUAGAGAGUGAUUUCUCUAUUUUAUUCUCUACCAUCUUCAUGGGAUUCUCCAACACUUGUGCCCUUGCCUCCGUGACAGGGGGAAAUAAUAGAAAAACAAGAAACAAGGGGAAUUAGUAGGAGAAAAUGAAGAAGAAAAAAUUUAAGAAGAAUGACUUUGGGAAAAGAAAAAGUUUAACCACAGAAAAUUAUGUUGAGGUUCAAGGGCAAGAAAGCUACCUACUUAUAAAACCUUCCCAUCGGACACUCUCUAGAAAAAAAUCCUCCAAAUCUACUCAACUAUUUAGAGAGAAAAAAGAAAAA